UAUACACACACGGUCGGAGUCGAACGAACACAUAUUUUUGUAACGAAUUAUAACUGUUGAUUUGUGUAAAAAAUUGCGGGCCUUAUCGUAUAACUUAUCGCUUUUUGUAUAUUUUUAUUAUUCAUAUACAUAUAACCGAAAAUUACUUUAGUUAGAUUUAUUUGCUAGGUGAAUCCAAGACUGAAACAAUGACUUCGUUAGCUAAAGGUAUUUUUAUUGUCGGUGCCAAACGAACUCCUUUUGGUACAUUUGGAGGUAAAUUAGCAAAAAGCCAUAUUACGGAUUUACAGACAAUUGCAUCCAAAGCAGCAUUAGAAGCCGCUAAUGUAAAACCCGAAAAUGUCGAUUCUGUCGUUAUAGGAAACGUAAUUUCGUCCGUUGCUCCAGAUGGAGGUUAUCUGGCUAGACAUGUUCUACUAAAAAGUGGAGUAUCCGUGGAUAAACCCGCCCUUGUCGUUAACAGAUUAUGCGGCUCUGGUUUUCAAGCGAUCGUUAGUGGUUUACAAGAUAUUGAGACGGGCUGCGCCGAAAUCGUCCUUACAGGGGGAGUUGAGAACAUGUCGGGUUGUCCUUACGUAGCCAGAAACAUUAGAUUCGGAGGGAUACCUCUCGGUCAGAGUCCUGUACUUGAAGACACUUUGUGGGUCGCAGUCCAAGAUACGUACUGUAAUUUGUCAAUGGCUCUAACAGCGGAAAAACUCGGUGAACAAUUCAAGCUUACUAAAGACGAAGUCGAUCAAUUCGCACUGCAAUCUCAACAACGUUGGAAAGCAGCUCAAGACGCCGGGAAAUUCAAAGAUGAAAUCGUUCCCGUGCCAAUUAAAGUUAAAAAGGAGACUGUAAACUUCGAAGUUGAUGAACAUCCAAGACCUAAUACUACUUUAGAAGGGUUGCAAAAAUUGCCUACGAUGUUUAAAAAGAAUGGAUUAGUUACAGCUGGUAGUGCAUCUGGAAUUUGUGAUGGAGCAGGAGCCGUUGUCAUAGCUAGCGAAGGAGCUUUGAAGAACCACAGCCUGAAGCCGCUGGCAAGAAUAGUGGCGCACUCUGUGGUAGGAGUCGAUCCUUCCAUCAUGGGCUUCGGACCGUCGCCAGCAAUUAAAAACAUCCUCAAGAUAACCGGAAAAACUCUAAACGACAUCGAUCUAAUUGAGAUAAACGAAGCUUUCGGAGCCCAAGCUUUGGCUUGUGCCAAGGAUUUGAAACUAGAUAUGAGCAAAUUUAACGUUAACGGUGGAGCUAUAGCGUUAGGUCACCCAUUAGCAGCUUCUGGAGCUAGAAUUACCGGUCAUCUUGUGUAUGAAUUGAAGAGACGAGGAGGAAAAUACGCUAUUGGAUCGGCUUGUAUUGGAGGAGGUCAAGGCAUCGCCGUAAUGAUCGAAGCUCUGUAAUUAAUCAUGUAAGAGCAGUAUUAAAUAAGGCAUGAAGCAAAUUUACUGAAGAAAUACAUUGAGCAUUUAUUUACUAAAUAUUUUUGUACAAAUUAUUAAUUGUUUUUAAAUAUUUGUUGGGGAUAAUAAUAAAUAUACAGACCUGGUA